GAUCGGCAGCCCGGCCGGGGCGGCCCCCACCGGCCCCUCCACUAUUGCAGCGCUGGGGAGGACGAGGACGGGGAGGACGAGGAUGAGAUCCAGGAGGUGCAGAUAACGGGGGACGAGGAGGCAGCCGAGGAAGGGAUCCUGCUGCUGGACGACGACGAGGAAGAGGAGGAGGAGGAGGAGGAAGAAGAAGAAGAAGAGGAGGAGAUGAUGAUGAUGGGGCUGGAGUGGGCCGCCUCGGAGGAGCCGGGCCAUAUGAUCCGUAUGGACCAGGGCACCGGAGUGCUGCUGGACUCGGCGGCGGCGGCGGCCGUCUGCGGAGUCCGGGGCCGCCUGGGAGGCGUCAAGGGAGUUGGCGGCGGCGGCAGCAGCGGCGGCGUCGGGGCUUCCGCGGGGGGCGCCCCCUCGGUGCCCGUGAGCGCCCGCGGCGCUGCCUCCUCCGCCUCUUCCCUGGCCGGCCACGCGCCCGCCGCGGGCACCGCCGACGACUCGGACCCGGAGGCGGAUCUGCUGCUGCAGCGCCCCGAGCGGGCCCGCCUGAGCGAGAACACGCGGCUGGCCACCCGCUACGCGGUGCGCAUCUUCCGCGAGUACCUGAGCGAGAAGGCGCAGAGCCCGGACUUCGAGACCAUGGACAAGGGGGCGCUGUGCCGGGUGCUGCGCUCCUUCUACGCCGAGGCGCGCUCCAAGAGCGGGCAGCUGUACUCCAAGUCGUCGCUCAUCAGCAUCCGCAGCUCGCUCAACCGCUACCUCAACGAGCCGCCUUACUGCCGCACCCUGGACCUCACCAAGGACCCCGAGCUGCGCGCCGCCAACCUGACGCUGGCCGCCGUCAUCCGCAAGCUGGAGGAGCAGGGCGCCGGCCCCGUGGUGCAGAAGCAGGCCAUCACGCGCGCCGACCUGCGCAAGCUGUACACCUGCAGCGUGUUCAGCACGCAGAGCCCCUUCGGGCUCCUCAACAAGGUCUGGUUCGAGACGUGCAUGUACUUCUGCACGCGCGGGCGCGAGAACCAGCGCGAGCUGGAGGAGGACUCCUUCGGGCUGGCCAUGGACGAGGACGGCCGCAAGUUCGUCUACUUCAAGGCCUUGGGGCCUUACCAUAAGUCGCGCUCGUCGUCGUGGAGCAAAAAGCGCGCCGAGAGCAGCGACGAGGAGAACCUGCCGCGCAUGUACGAGACGGGCACGGAGUUCUGCCCCUACGCCAGCUUCGUCAAGUACUUGGCCAAGCGCAACCCGCUGUGCAAGGCCUUCUUCCAGCGCCCGCGGGACCACUGCAGCGAGGGCGACGUCACCUGGUACGAGAACAAGGCCAUCGGCAAGAACCUGCUGGGCACCCGCAUGCAGAUGCUCUCCAAGGCCGCCAAGCUCUCCAAGACCUACACCAACCAUUGCAUCGGCGCCGUAUCCAUCGCCACUCUCAACAGCAUCGCCGGCAUCGGCACCAAGCUUCCCUCGGGCGCCGCCGCGGCCGGAGGGGGCUGCUACGCCCACCUCAACGGCAGGGCCCGCGCCGCGCCGCUUCCCGCCAACAACGGCGCCUACGUCCUCCGCAAAGACGGCGACGACCUCGCCGGCGUCAAGGCCGAAGCAGCGACCGUCGUCGUUCCCGCCAAGCGCUCCCUCUAUGAGGCGAUGUACGCGGCGGGGGGCGGGGCCGCGGCGGGGGGAGACGCCUGCGGCCCCUCCUCGUCCCCCAAAAGACUCUGCCUGAGGCCGGCCGAGCCCCUGGACGCGGCGGCGGCGUCUGUGGUGGUGGUCUCAGUGAAACACGACCCCUUGCCACUCCUCAUCCCCGAGGCCAAUGGGCACAGAAGCACCAACUCUCCCACUGUCAUGUCACCUGCUAUGGUUUCCCCCACACAGGACAGUCGGCCCAAUAUGUCAAGACCUCUGAUCACUAGGUCCCCUGCAUCUCCUUUGAACAAUCAAGGCAUCCCCACGCCAGCCCAGCUCACAAAAUCCAAUGCACCGGUACAUAUUGAUGUGGGUGGGCACAUGUAUACCAGCAGCUUGGCCACCCUUACAAAAUAUCCUGAAUCAAGAAUUGGGAGGCUUUUUGAUGGCACAGAGCCAAUUGUUUUGGACAGCCUGAAGCAGCACUACUUCAUUGACAGAGAUGGCCAAAUGUUCAGAUAUAUCCUGAAUUUUCUACGAACAUCAAAGCUCCUCAUACCAGAUGAUUUCAAGGAUUACAGCUUGUUAUAUGAAGAAGCAAAGUAUUUUCAGCUUCAGCCCAUGCUAGGGGAGAUGGAAAGGUGGAAACAAGAUCGGGAGACAUGCCGGUUUUCAAAAUCCUGCGAGUGUUUGGUUGUGCGAGUUGCUCCGGAUCUUGGAGAGAGGAUUACCUUGAGCGGCGACAAGUCUUUGAUAGAAGAGGUUUUCCCAGAAAUUGGUGAUGUGAUGUGCAAUUCAGUCAAUGCAGGUUGGAAUCACGACUCAACACAUGUCAUCAGAUUUCCUUUAAAUGGCUAUUGUCAUCUCAAUUCAGUUCAGGUACUUGAGAGGUUGCAACAAAGAGGCUUUGAAAUUGUUGGCUCCUGUGGAGGAGGGGUGGACUCUUCCCAGUUCAGUGAAUAUGUACUUAGGCGAGAACUCAGAAGGACAUCUCGUUCAUCCUCUGUCAUUCGAAUAAAGCAAGAGCCUCUGGACUAAGGACAGUUUUUUUCUUAUGCGACAACAAAAAAAAGGGGACCUUUUUCCAUGCGCAGUCGGAACACCAAAAGAGCUCUGGAAUGAAACAUUGAAUAAAGACACAUUUAUAUCAAAUAUAGAGACCAUACCUGUAUUGAUACAGGAGCAUUUGGAUUAGUAAUAAUAACCUCAAGGUGUAAAAUAUGUAUAUGUAAAAAGUUAGAAAUGCAAAAAGAAAGAAAACCCCCUUAAAAUAGUAGGUGAGUUUGGUGCUGUGAGGGCCAUUUAAGUGUCCUAGGCCAUAUCCAGGCCUGAUUUACAAUAAAGAAGCCAUUGCCAGAAGGGGAGGCUCACAGCUCCCUUCCAUUUUCCAUUGCCAAAUGGCGAUCUGUUUUUCAGCGUGUACAUCCUGAAUCAAGUUUGCAGGUGUUUGUGUUAGAGAUGACUGGGCACAACUCUAGAAAGCAUCCAUCCAUUUCACAACAGAGGUCAUGAACAGGAAGUCACACGCUUCUGUCCACUUGACAGAUGUGAACCAUCUUAUGUUUUUAUCAGAUGGAGUCAGAAUUUAUUACUACAUGGCAGAGUUGCUCUGGUUUGACUCCAGUGCGUUCAUUUUUAUUACUUUUUUAGUCAAACGGUACACUAAGUUCUGUUACUGUCCUGAUUUAAGUCAACAAUAGUAAAGAAAAAUUGAAAAAUGUUUAAAAAUCAAGAUGAGCAUUUGCUUUUAACUUGCUCUAUUAUGCAUCUGAUACAUUCGUUGGAUAGUAAGUGGUGCUGAAUUCUGUGCACAAACAACAAUAUGAAGGCACAAACACGUUACUUAAAGAAAGGCAAUGUGCUUUAUCUUUAGUUCAUAGUUGCAAACGGUUCUGAUGCACCUCAAGGUGCUGCUUUCUCUCCAUCAUUGAGACAAGUGACCGAAUGUUGGUUAGUACGAUCUUUUCAGUCCUGGGCAAUUAUGUUGUAAAGUCAUUAAAUGCAGGCCUGUACGACUGCUUUUACUAAUGCUAACAUCCCUGUGUAGUAUAAUUUCAUCACUGCCCAUAAAGUCACAAAUUUUGUUUUCCCUUCUGAGUAGUAUAAUUCUGCACAGUUUUGCUGAAGAUGUUGUUUUAAGGAGAAGGGCAGGCCCUCCAGCCACUGAGUAACAAUACAGGCAAGUCCCCACAUAUGUUUGUUUGACUUGCAUGUGUCUGUGUAUACGUGCGGCGCCAAGAAAUAAACAGUGAUGGGAGAGACCUGGAAAGUCAAGGGUAGACAGAAAGUAGAUCUGGAUCUACUAACAGAUCUCUGUGUGAUUUGCUGUGAUUUCUGACUCCCCAAAGCAACAAACAAGUGACCCAUCUCUGCCCCAUAUUAUACUGUAAUGAUGAAAACUUGGGCUAACCAAGAAUGUGUUUUUUGUAUGGAAGGACUGUGCACAACAUCCAGUUCUGGCACUCCUGGAAUCAGAAUUAGUUCAUCUUAAAUUUAUAUAUUUUGCAGCAGACUCUGGCUGGUAGAUCCUGAAGUCUGCCUACCCCUGAUCAAAAGGAGCAUUUGCAAAGCCAGUUGAGGGGCCACGGGAGGAGGUAUAAAUUGGUGCUCCAUUGGUGGAGCACAAGAUCCACUGGCAGGACAAAACUCAUAAAAUACAGAGAACUGCAGACAAAACGAUCCUUAAUACAAAACCUAGUGACCAAAAUCAGAUAAGGAGAAGCCUGUAUUUUUUAAAAGGACAAAAAAUACAGUAAAAAUAACUAUCAGAUAACUAACUACAAUAUUAAGUCCAUAAUAUCCCAUCAUAAGCCAAACACACUUUGACACAGAGGUCUUAAUCAGUGGCCUUAAUAUACAAAGAAACAUAGUGUAACCAUUCUGUAGGCUUUAGCUCUUGACUUUGGCUUCAAAUCUCUCUUAUUAACAACCAACCAAAUUAUUUUUCAUCUGUGUUUCCAUCAAUGUAUACUUUCCCAGAAUGCAACCAUACAGAUUUACCUUCUUUCUACAGAUUCAAAGUGGUAUUUUUCAAGGUCACAAGAUGUGACAGUUAAAAAGAAAGUUAAAGAGAGACUAUAAUUGGUUCUCAUGCUGGCUUCUAUAUAUUGGUUAUUUUAUUGCAUACUGUAUGUUUUGAAAUUUUUCCGUAAUGCUCUGGGGGGAGCCAUUUUAAAAGGUUGGGGGUGAGGGGCAUUUCAUUCUCACCUAGAGCUAAACAAGUUAAGCCUCUAGGAAGCAUUUUUCAUAAUUUCCAGAGGAGUAGUGAAAACAACAAAAAGUGUCAUGGCACCUUAAGAACAUAGAGAGAGCCUGCUGAACCACACCAAUGACCUGUGUAGUCCACCAUCUUGUUCUUACAAUCACCAGCCAGAUAGAGAAGCCUGCAAACUGGACAUGAGCAACAGCACUCUGCCCACCAGAGAUUCCCAGCGACUGGUAUUUAGAAGCAGACUGCCUCUUGACAGAGGAGGUAGAACAUAGACAAAUUCAUGGCCACUAGCCACAAUGGCUAAGCCUCAUUUAAGCCAGCCAAGCUGGUGGCCAUCACUGCCUCCCAUGUUUUAUCUUUGAGCUGAGUGAAGCAUUUUCUUUUAUCUGUUCUGAACCUUCCAAAAUUCAGAUACAUGUUCAUGAGUUUUAGUGUUAUGAGAGACAGAGAAAAACUUUUACCUACCCAGUUUCUCCAUGUUGUACAUAAUUUUAUAAACUUCUAUCAUGUCACUUCUUACUAGCCUUUUCUCUAAUUAAAGUUCCAAACUCUGCAACCUUUCCACAUAGCAGGGGUUGGUCUCCCCACCCUGGAUCAUUUUGGUUGCCACUUUCUGAAGCUUUUCGAGCUCCACAAUAUCCUUUUUGAAGUGGGCUGACCAGAACGGUACACGGUAGUCAGCUGUGAGUGUUCACUUGUUGACCCUAUGCUGACAUCUGACUCACAGCUGACUACGGUAUUCCAAAUGCUGUUGCACUAUCGAUUUGUAUAACAGCAUUUUGAUAUCAGCAGUUUUAUUUUCAGUUUCUUUCCUAAUAAUCCCUAGCAUGGAAUUUGCCAUUUUCACAGGUGCUGUUCACCGGGUUGACAUCUUCCUUGAGCUACAAGCCCAAAGUCUCGCUCCUGGUCAGUCACCUCCACUUCAGACCCCAAGAGUGAAGUGAAGGUGUAUAUUUUUUGCUUAGAUAAACAUCACUUUAAAGACUAACACCAUUAUUUUGGCAUACUCUUUGGUUGGUUGUUAAUCAAGGAGGUUUGCUUCUCAUUUUGAAGGUCUUGCUCUCCUUUGAGGUCUCAUAUACUAAAAAAGCCAAUUGAAUUGUUCUGCUUUCUUUCUUCUAUUUAGACCACCUCUGUCAAAAUGUGUUUGGCUUAAGCUGUAAUAUCCUAAACGAUUUGGCCUAUUACAGAUUUAUUAUUCAAGUAUGUAUCUGGUAGUUAGUGUGAUAACUUUUUUCUUUCCAUGUUCUUUCUUUCUUUUUAGGAACACAUUCCUGGCACCUGAGAGCCCCUAGUAUGUGACAUAGAUAUCCCAGUGGUGGUGUUUCACAAGUUAUGGGGGCCAGGACAGGACGGGGGGGGGCGUCUCUAGGUUCUCCAGGGUCCUAAACCCCCUUGUUCCCCUGACACCUCACCAAAAUGGGCCUUAAACUGUGGAUCCAGUCUAGUUAAUUCCCUGCCAUUGACCACAAUAGGAAGGAAAUAUAAAUGUUUUUUGUUUUCUUAACAGUAACAGGGGAAGGGAUCUGCUUCCUAAUUCUCACCCUGCACACAGGGAUCCAGCAGGACUUUGACUAUUCUGGUUGCUCUCCCAUGGAAACUACCAGCAGCAGCAACAACAUAAGAGUGCUUUGCCCACCUCCACUCCAGAUUUGCUCAUAUAAAGGUUGUCUCAUUUUUCUUUAGGUUUUCUCUCUUCCUUGUAAUGGAGGGACAAUUUGAAUAAUGGCUGGCAUAUAUUUUUUGAAAGGACAGUGGGCAUUGAGUUUUAUUUUUUACACAUAUUUUUGGUCCCCGUCUAACUUGGAGCAUCCUUUGAAUUUUUACACUUGGCGAAAUUUUAACUACUUAGUAUGCAAAGUUCAAAAGCACGUCAAAGUGCAAGUAGAUAAAUAGGUAUCGCUCCAAGCGGGAAGGUAAACAGCGUUUCUGUGUGCUGCUCUGGUUCGCCAGAAGUGGCUUAGUCAUGCUGGCCACAUGACCUGGAAGCUGUACGCCGGCUCCCUCGGUCAAUAAAGCGAUAUGAGCGCCGCAACCCCAGAGUCGGUCACGACUGGACCUAAUGGUCAGGGGUCCCUUUACCUUUACCUUUAUGCAAAGUGCUUACUGAAUCACCAUUUAAGUCUAAUGUAUUGCAGCCAGAGCUGCUCCUAGCUUCUCGACUGAAACAAUUUUCUUUCCUCCCUUGCCCUCUUCUUGUGUUUUGUUUUUUUAAAACCCAAACAGCACUCUUCCUCUGACUGUUUGUACAAACCCUGUUUUCUGGGUUUGUAAACAAAUAUGUAGUAAUUCUUAAAAACUCAAAAGCCAGCACACUGCUUUGGGGUUUGUUUUUAAGUUGUUUUUAAUUUGGUCUUUAUAAAGGUCUGGUGCUGUCGCUAUUUGGGGUUUUUUUUAGAACCAACAUAGCUGCCUCCAUUUAUUUUACUGUCUUAAGUUAUUCUAAUUGCUUAAUUGGUUUUGGCUUGUCUCAACAGAGAUUACAAGGUAUACAACAGAAAACCCAUACUGUUCACAGGUGAUGCUUUUGUUGCAUAAGACUCACGAAUCACCACAUUUAUCCUUACCCAAAGUACCUUUUAAUAUGCAAUACUGUAUAUUAAGUAAGCUAUGACUACACUCUCCUCCUCCUUAUGGAACAGUGAACUAAAACAAUGGUGCAAACAUUCCGUUUUAUUUUAUUUUAUUGUGAGGCUUGAAGCUCUGAAUUCAAGCUUUUCCCAACCAAACGAAAAGGGUCUAUCCUAGUAUAUCUCAAACCAUCAAAAGCUAAAGGAAUUCUUCUGGGUUUUAUAAAAUAAGGGCAGGUAGUCUUGCAUCUCCUAGAGGGUAUGGCAGCGGAACUUAAAUUGAUCAUGCCAGGAAAUAAGUGGGAGGAUAAAUCCCACACAUAAAUGUUCAGUACAUAGAUGGCAAAACUCAGAGUUGCCCUACAAGUAUAAGCUUGUAAACUAAAAUACAACUUUGCUUUUCCAGUGUGGUGUAUAUCUAAAGCGGAUAAGCUUAAAAAUACUGGAUAAAAUGGCAAAUAUUAACAUAGAGUUGCACUGAGAAGGUAGAUUGAGUAAAUUUCUGGAUUCAGAUUUGUAAAUUUGGACAAUAGCAGUUCUAUUGUAUUGCUGUUUCUGGAUCAUUGUUAAAUGUUUUGGUUUUUUAAUGAUGGCAGUUAGUCUUAAUGAAAUAAAUGUAUGUGCAUUUUUUAUUUAACUUUUUUUUUGCACUGAGGUGAAAUGGAAGGAAUAUGAAUUCUGGUACAUCCACAUUUUAAAAACUGUUCUUAACCAGUAGAAUAAUCUGUAAACAUGUAGGGAAAGUGCUUUUUAAGUACCCUAUAUGUACUUAACUUGGAAUAUUUUGCAUGUUCACUCCGCAUAACCUUGAAAGAAAACUGCGGAGAUUCUAGAGUGGGACUAUGUGAAAAUUGUCUCUUGCCCAAAACGUAGCAUAAUUGACAGGCACCAACAGACUAUACAUGGUUUUGGAUUCUGUGUUUUGGUAUUUUGAAAGAAAUACUAUCACAGGAGUUGCUCUUCCCCCUUACAAAUGCUGCAGCUUAAUAUUGCUGUUUCUGGGCUGCACUUGAUACCAUCUGAGGCCCUUAUCAUUCAUCAUACGUGUCCAGUUUUCUGAAGCAAACAUUAACAUCUCUCUCCUUUCUAAAUCUUUGAAUAGUCACAUAAACACUGCAUUGAAUGUUAUUUUUUUGAACUGAAUCACAAAUUGUGGAGGUCUGGUAUGUUAAUGGCACUGUACUCUAGGUCACAGACAUGGGCUCCAAGGUCAUGAACUGAAUAAAAAUAAUGCAACAAGGGUAAACAAUAUGUAGACUUGUAGGUGACACCGAUUAGCCCUAUACAAAGAAAGCAGACUCUUUUAACAAUCUGUCAAAUGUCAUUUAUUAAAUCAGAUCAAUAGAUACAAGCAAUAAAUAUACUGAAUAAGGAAAAAAAAUCAGUGAUGGCAACCAGCUCUCUUUUUACAGGUUAAUAACAUUGUGAUGCACUGUAGUUGUAAUUUAGCUACUUUUUAAAAUUAAUAAUAAUGAUGAAAAUAAUUGCAUUUGAUGCCAUCAGCAAGUGCUGUAUUUUUGCUGUAAUGCAUGGGAAAAGGGAAAGGAACAUCAGCUGCCAACAUUGUUUGUUCUGUCAACAUGAUUAAGUGGUAGCAGAGGGACUGCUGGGAACAUACACUGGAAAUGCCACACAACGUGACCUUCCUCGGAGUAAAAAUGUGGCUGGAGGUGGAAAUGAAACUAGGUUCGAAAGGCAAAUUGAAGGCACUGUUGCUUAUAUCAAUGAUCAAUGCAUUUUUACCAAUACAAAUACCUCUUUCUAGUUCCUUAUCGUGUGUUCUGAUUCUUUCCUAAAAGCAUCAUCAGACCACUAUGUCAAAUAUAGAAACGGGGGGAGAUCAUAGUUCAAAAAAAGUGAACUUAAUUGUAUGAUGUUGUCCAGAUUUGUUUAUCAAGUAAAUACUUUAUAAUACAUGACAAAUGCUGCGGAAACACAAGGAAGCAAGGUGCAGAGCUGUAUCAGAUGCUGAAGAACUCUUUGUCUAUUUGAUCCAUCUUAGUAUUGCCCAUGCUUUGACUUCCAGUGGCUCUCCAGGAUCUCAGGCAGAGGCAUUUCCUAUCAUCUGCUACAUCAGGUGUCAGGAACCUUUGGUCCUACAGAUGUGACAUCAAUGGCUACUAGCCACAAUGACUACAUCCUGCUUCCAGUAUGUCAGAUUCUCCUUCCAAUAUCUUAGAUAUACCUUUAAAUACCAGCAUCUGGUAAUCACAAGUGAGUAGAGUGUUGUCAUGCUCCUGUCCUGCUCCUGUCCUGCUCGAGGGCUGCCAAUAGGCAUCUGUGAUUGGCCAUUGCGAGAAAAGUAUGCUGGAUUAAGUAGGCCUUUGGUUGCACUAUGUUCUCAUGCUAGUAGCAGCCCGGGUAGGUUUCGGGUAGGUUCUUGUUUGAUGCUACUGAUGCCAGUGGGUCAAGCAGCAAUAGUCACUUGGAUGUGCUGUUAAGGGUGAGUGUGUCAAUGCAGAAACUGGAGAUUAUAAUAAGUUGAAGCUUGGAGGAUGAAGUGAGGAGCCUUAACGUGUUUUACUAACACGCAAGCAGUAAACUUGUCCACACUGGGUUGUUACCUGACAGGUCUAGUAGUUGGGAAGAAGCACCAACUGCACAUGAAACCAACAGAUGGAACCAGCAUUCACUGCUAAAGUUGUAUCAAAGAACAGCUUAAUUCUUCAAGGAAAUGUAGUUAUUGCUGGUCUCCUUUUAAUGUUAUACUAAGUUUGGUUUUGCAUUUGCAAGCAGAUGCUAAAUAGUUUUGAAUACACCUUUUUAAAACUUGUCUUUGUAGUUUUAUUUCAAUAUAUUUUUGUCUUAUGAUGACCAGUUUUCCAAAGAGAGUUUGUGCUUUGAAUUGGAUUAAAUGUGGGGAAGAGAUCCCCCACGACUCUGCAAUAAUAUUGACAAUUGUUCAAAUUAUAUAUAUUUUUUGUUUAGAAACUAAAACCAAUUACUUCAUUCUGUCAUUCCUGUCCUGGAGAAUUCUAUAUUAUGAAUUAUUUCUAUUGGACAACUGGUAUUUGAAUGCAGACAUUCUUGCUGCCUGAGGUUUAUUUACAGUGGAAAUGAAACCAAGAAACCUUCAAGGCCCUCAGGCCAGUUGAUUUUCUCAGACUUCAAUGUGAGUGGUUUAUUAUUUCUUGAGGGACUGGAGGGAUCACCAGUACCAAGAUCAAUACUUUGCAUUAAGGUUUUCUGUUAUCUUUGGCUAUUUCCUCACUGAUCUGGUUACCCAGGCCUCAAAAAAAAAAAAACAAGCACAAACCUGGACAUGUUGGAUCAGAUGUUCUGUAUUUAAGGCUGAAACUGUUUCUGCUUUAAAUACAGCCUCAUUCUUGCAUUUGCAAUGGAAGAUAUGGGAAGAGAUGGGGAAGCUGGCUGGUUUGUUGUUUGUAAGGGAAGAGAAUCCAUAUCCCAGGGUACAGCAUCUAUCUACAUUUUCCUACAAACUAACAACUAGCCUUUGUUGAUUUGUAUGCUAGCUAUUAUUUAACAUCAGGUUGCAUAAUUGCAUUGUGUGACUCUUGCAGGGACCAUGUGUGCCCUUCAACAAAAGGGAGAGUGGAUGGUUGUGUGUAAGUCUGUAAGUCUCUUGGACUUGCAAUCAGGAAUAAAAAAGUAAGUGAUGUUGAAUGCCAGAUUGAGUACUCUCUGGUAUUUAAGGUAGAACUAUGUUUUAUAUGAGAACAAAGGAAGCUGACUAUAGACUCUGACAAGCGGUUUAUCUAGUUUGGUACUGUCUACACUGACUGGCUGUGGUCCUCCAUGGCAGGAACUGAACUUAGGUUCUUUCGUGUGAAAAGUUUACCCUCUUCCUCCUCAAAAUCUAGCUCAACUUAGUCGUGCCUUGACCUCACAAAGGUUUUUAUUUCCCUGCCCCUGCUUCUUAUCAUUGUCCUACCGCCUACAGGAAAAUGUGUACCAUGAUAGUGUCAAGGUUAAGUUGAACUAGACUGGUAAAGGUAAAGG